CCCCAACUCAUCCUCUUCCCCUCAACCACGAGCAUUACACACCAUGCCGACCACCGCCACCACCAAACCGAACACGAAAGUCGCCCUCACGCACCUCAGCCCCCUCCUCCAGGAUAGACUAAUAACCCCCGCCCUCACCCCCCACUACCACGCCGCAGUAACCACCCCCUGGUCCCAAACCUGCUGGACCCACGCCGCGGGCUACAUCUACCCAAGAACCGUCGCCGAGCUCGCCCAAGCCCUGGCGAUCCUCACACAAACCCACACGAAAUUCGCCCUCCGCGCGACGGGCCACAACCCCAACGCCGGGUUCAGCAGCGCCGAUGAGUCGGCGCUCGUCCUGGAUAUCAGCCGAUUCCGGGAGAUGGAGGUCACAGCGGAUGGGGUCGCGCGGGUCGGGGCAGGCUGCACCUGGGGCGAGCUUGGGGCUGUAGGCGGGAUGGGGGCGUUGCCGAAUCUGUAUGGGACGGGGGCCGAUGGGGUCCGGAAUUACGAGGUUCUGUUGGCGGAUGGCCGAGUCGUCGAUGCUAACGCCCACGAAAACCCCGACCUCUACCAGGCCCUCAAAGGCGGAGGCACCAAUUUCGGCAUCGUGACGCGGUUCGACCUCGAGACGCAUCCGCUCACCCCUGUUCAGUAUACGAUCGAUCUCUACAACCCAGAUGACUAUACGGCAAUCAAUGGGGCUACAGCAGCCGUGCAGAUGGCUAUGGAGGACGACCCCAAGAUAGGACUCUCCGUGACCACGCGGGUCUCGCACGAUCUUUACGACCGGGUCUAUCAGUGCUGGAUCCAGUUGCGCGCGACGCUUCCCGUGGGCUGUGUGCUGCACUACACGAUCCAGCCCAUGGGCACGGCGGGCGUGCAGGCGGGGAGGAACCGGGGCGGGAAUAUCAUGGGGCUGGAGGAGGCGCCGCAGUGCUGGUGGGUUUUCACGGGUGAGUGGUCGCGGGAUGCUGGGGUCGAUGUUGACGCUGCUGCCCACCGGGCGGUGCGGACAAUGGCGGAGAUGGUAGAGGCUCUGGCGCGGAAAGGCGGGGUGUUUCUGGAUUUCAAGUGCAUGAACUUUGCGGGGGCGGGGCAGGAGGUGCUGGCGAGUUAUGGGGCGGAGAAUGUGAGGCGGAUGCGGGCGGUGGCGGACAAGUAUGAUCCGGAGGGCGUUUGGCAGGUUCUGCAGUUUGGGGGCUUUCUUUUGCGUGAUAGUGUAUGA